CUCCUUUUCUUUUCUCCCCUUCGAAUCGACCCAGCAAGCAAAGUUAGGAUUUUUAACAGACGAGCAGCGCUCUCCCGUUCGCCAUAGCCGCCAAGCUCGAAGCUUUCAGUGCAGCGUAAUCGACAGCACUUCCUUACAUCCUCAGCUUUCUCGAGCAAAAUCCCAAGUAGCCCUUUUCUUUCCUCGGGAAAAUGCUUCGGCUAGCGAGACCGAAACAUCUGACGCCGUCGUCAUCUUCUUCUUCCUCACUCGAUUCGCUGGCCUGCCAUUUCCUCCAACGCUGCUCCGUCAGCGGAACCGCGAAGGGGAAGUCCAAGAUCAAAACGGGCCAAACCCUCAAGCGCUCCAGGCUCACCUUCAAGAAGUCCCCCGGGCAGUCCGACCCUGCCUCCAAGGGCGGCGGCGGCGGCAAGCGCGGUCCCUCCGAGGCGGAGGCCCUCGUCGAGGCGUGCCUCAACGCGCCGACCCCGCUCCGCCACUUGACCGGAAAGCAGCGGGCCCGCGAGGCCGAGCGCGAGAAGAUGGGGCUGAUCAGCAAGGACCGGCAGCGGGAGAUAGACAUACUGAAGAAAGGGAAGUCGAAGUUGGGCGUCUCCGAUAAGCCGGAGAUUAUCGGGACCCCGGGUUUGGAUCUGAUCACGCUGGGGCUGGUCGAUGCGGAUAAGAUCCCGAAGUAUGAGCUCACGGUCGAGGAUGGGAGGCGGCUCGCGAAGGAGUAUUCUAGGGUUUUGAUGAGGAGGCAUAGGGCGAGGCAGGCCGCGGAGAGUAAUUUGUUGCGGAUGAAGAAGGAGGCGAUCGAGGCGUUGCCGGAGAAGCUGAGAGAGGCGGCGCUGGUGCCGGAUUUGACGCCUUUCCCUGCACACCGCUUCAUGGCGACGCUCACGCCGCCGAUUGAAGGGUACAUUGAGAAGGUCAAGGAGGCUGCAAGGAAGAGCUCGGCCAAGGAGAAGCUUAGAUGAUGAUGGAUGAAGGUCAUUUGAUUAAAGGUGAGAUGUGCAAAGCGAGGGACUGUUGAAGCUAGAGAGCUAUUCUUGAUUUGAGGAAGCAUUUUUCAGAGAGGGGACCGGCGAAUUGGGUUGCUAGUACUCUUAGUCUCAUUAGGUCUUGUACUUUCUCUUGCUGGGCUUGUGAAUGACAGAAAAAUUCUAAUAAGUUGCCAACUUCGGCUGUUAGGACUCCACAAAUGCUUGGAUCUUCCAUUAGCUGCUUAAAAGUACCAUUAAAUCCGUUAUUUUUGCA